CCGAGCGAUCCAAAGCCUUAAUUUGGCUUCUCAGUCAACAAAGCGAAAGCUUCCAAUUUCUAGGGUUUUGACAGGGAGGAGCACAGCCGCGGCAGCAAAGCUCACAAUGGCGAGGAUAAAGGUUCACGAGCUGAGGAACAAGUCCAAGACGGAGCUGUUGAGCCAAUUGAAGGACUUGAAAGCAGAGCUCGCUCUCCUCCGCGUUGCUAAGGUCACCGGCGGUGCCCCUAACAAGCUCUCGAAAAUAAAAGUUGUGAGGUUAUCUAUCGCGCAGGUUUUGACGGUGAUAUCGCAGAAGCAAAAAUCGGCGCUUCGAGAAGCUUAUAAGAAGAAGAAGUUCCUUCCUUUGGAUCUCCGUCCCAAGAAGACACGUGCCAUUCGCCGACGCCUUACCAAACACCAGGCAUCUUUGAAGACAGAGCGAGAAAAGAAGAGGGAGAUGUAUUUCCCAUUAAGGAAAUAUGCUAUCAAAGUGUAAUGGAGCCAAUUGUUCUCUUUCUUUUUUUGUGUGAGUUACUUGUUUAGAAGUCUAAAAAGUUCUGAAUCGCGGUUUAGAUGCAGCCUAUAUGAGCAUCAUUUUUGUCCCUUUAUCAGUUUUUCCAUAAGAACAUCUUGCUUGAGCAUUUAUAAUAUGAUUUAUCAUUUCAGAAUGUGUUUUUAACUCAUGCAAGUCCUUGUCAAAAACCUUGUUUAAAGUAGUAGAAUCAACAAGCUUAGAUACA